UCAACGAGUUCCCUCCCUCAUCUGCACUGAAGCCUACCUGAGGCAGCGCCAGUGCGCAAGCUGAGGAAGGCAAGGCGAAAGAGAGGGCCCCAAAAACCUCUCCCCUCGCGUUUCACCUCACGCACUGUGAAAUCUCUCCCUGUAGUUCCGUAGCACUUGUUGCUGAAACCGCGGCGGUCGGUCGAUGUACGUACGUAGCGGGCGUCGUGGGGCCGUGACUAAACAAGUGUAUUGUCGCACCCAGCUGGUAGAGCGCUAGUUCUGUGGUGCGCCCUGCGUUUGAGACGAGUCUCGAGAUCGGAGUACACAACCCACAGGUUCUUUGACUUUGGACUUACCAGUGUGUAUGUUUGUGUGUACACUACUACCAAAUCUACGCACGCGAUUCUUGCUCUUUGGAUAUGACAAGAAUUUGUUUCCAGUAGAAUUGAUCUGUGUUUCUGUGCUGUUAAUUGUACCAGACGUGAUCUCGAAAUUGUUCAAUGAAAGUUAUCUUAAUUAGCCUACGUAAUUGUUGAGCAAUCACUUUGUAACUUGCACACACCUGUCACGCAAUUCGUCAUAGAUUUGAGAUCUAAUCUUGAUUUAGAAAGAUCUAGGUUAAAAAUCAUUGAUUGAUUAUAGGCGGCAUCUUGUCUUCGUCGUGAGGAUUACAUUGAUAGAUCUAGGUUUUGAUUAUAAACACCUGUAUAUUUUGUCGUGUUGAUACUUUUUUAAAGAUUGAUUUGAUGCCCAAGUGGUAUAAAAAACUGGUUCUGUUUUGGUGAUAUUCACAAUCGGAUCUAUAGUCUCAAAUUGUGACUGUUCAUUGAACACAACUGUUUGUGAAAAAUUCAUUGAUUGGAAGUAUUUCUGCCUUGUUACAUUACUUGGACCAAUUCAGACUCAACGGAGCCUCAAGCCUACAAUUUGGUAGACCAAGCGUAUUACAAACCUCUUGUUUCUUCUUCAGAGGACAAUAUAGUAAAGUUUCUUACAAUGGAUAUCAAGUAGAAUUGUGGAAAGGCUCGUUUGUGUUUUCAAGAGCACGCAUAAUAAAACCAGAAACAAAAAAAUACCCUCCCUGAUGAUGUAUUCAACAAACAGGCCGAAAGGAUGGGCGUCAAAGUGUUAAGUUCUCGGGACACUCCCUCCGCCCGGUAUUACCAAAGCUUCUAGUUCCUCUGAACAGGAUUUGGAGGUGCAUUGUAACUUUGGCGUUGCGUUGGGCGCUGAUUUCUACAUCAAGUUGAUCGUCCGAUACCCCGAGAAGGGCAUGGAUAUUAUGGAUACUUUACCUGCAGCAAGUCUGAAGCGGCGGUUGCUGUCGGCAACUGUGGUGAUGCUGCUAUUGUCAACGUGCAGGACUGUGGCACAGCAGCUCUGUGAGCACUGCAACUGCCAAAUCAGUUCUUCUGAAGAAACACAAGCCAUCUACAGCAUGGGACUCAUCUGCAACACGGGGACGAUCACGUGGUUUGGAGGUUCCGGUGCUGUGCGGCUGGAGUUGACGCCCUUUGUUCGUGGAGACUUCCGGACGUGUUUUGUCAUUGAGUCUGAAAACAUUCAUGUGAAAAUUUCACAAGAAAAUCCUCACGUAUCAAAAGCUAAAAAUUAUCGCUUGAAAGCUCACGAAGAAAGGACGUUGAAGUUGGAUCACUUAGUGACUUCUAAAUUGAAAAGUAAUGAGUUUUGUGUGAGCUCGAAAAGUGGUGAUCCUUUGUUGUUGUACAUAGAAUCUGUGAGGACUCCUGAUGUGAUUGGAGUAGCAAAAGUUGUGUUUCAUUAUGAUGUGGAAAAGCUGGACUCCAUGGUGCUUGUUGAUCCGAUGGAAGUGGUGAUCGGCAGCAUGGCGGACGUGCACCACAACGAGGUGAGCGACAAGACGGACGUAACCCUCAACGUCCGACAGAUCAUCCUCCAGAGGGAGCAGAACUUCUUCCGGCGAGUCCGCCGAUCAGACCCCCAUCUGACUGGUCACGUGACAGUCCCGAGGAAGUGUGGCAUCCGGAAAGGUGAUGGCGAGUUCUUGAUGACCGGACGUGCCCGCCUGGGUCAACUGGCUCUCAAGUGCGCCCCCUACCUGCAGGAGUGGAGGCAGAUCCAGCACGAAGUGGAGUGUUCUCACGGCUGAAGGGACAAGCGAUGAUCUGAUCUCCUGUUUCGAAUCGUGGUCACUGAGACCCAACCUGAGAUUGUCCCAGGAAAUAUCUUUUGAUAUUACGGUCAUCUCUCUAACGCAAUUGCUGAUUCGUCUGCGAUCGACCAAAGCAGUUGUCUGCUUCAGAUGCAAAGCCCUGUCAGUUUAGACUGCACCCUGUUUUGCACCAUAACAGCAACUGCGUUGACGAAAAAUACACAUCCAGCCGUUUAAAGCUUAACUUUUUGUCAAGAAUGAAUGUACUGAAAAACAGUCUAAUUCUAAUACUCAGCCAUUCCAAUGUGGGACCAGUUUUUAUUUACUUCUUUUUAUGUGCUCAGUGUGGAGAAAUAGACAUGGACCUAUAUUUUUUUCUCCAGCGUGAAUGUGGUGGUGUUUAAUUGUUUAGCAAGACAUUUAGCAGAGACUCAGACUCAAAUACAAGGUCAAAACAACAAGAUUGUUUUUGGUGAAAAAAAUAAUACUUUAAACUAGUCGAACAGUAACGCUGCCAACAAAAAAUGUGUUUUUGUCCGAAAAGGAAAGCAGUACACGUCAAUGAUUAUAGAAUUUUAAAGUGUGUUUGCAGUGCUCCCCAAUGUGGCAGUGCCUAGUCGGAAGGCCAGAAACAAUUCGUUGAGUUGACUGUUGCUUAUCUGCAGAUUUUUGUGUUCUUCAUUCUGCCCGAACUCGUACCCAAAGUUUUGUGCACAAUGGAGGAACUACGGAAAUACAGACAAUGUCUUGUAUUCGUGUAUUGUUGAGAAAUUCGCCAAAUGUACGACUGUCACAGGAAUAUGCCACAAUUGAUAACACACGGACCACUCAGAUGUUUGUGGUUUAUUACUUUGCUGUCCUAAAGACAUCGUGUGAUAGCGACCCCGUUUUUCACAAUUCACCACUCCACUCCCUCCUUUUCCCCACGCUAACUGGCAAGAAGUUUGAUGUUUAUACUGCUCCAUGACAUUACUGCUGUUCUCUAGUCUAACAAGAACGACAACGGCCUUUGGAGUUUUCAAAAAAUGUGAUCUCAAGGGCAAUGCCAUAUUAUGUGGACAUCGUUGAUGAUGGUGACUGCCUUGAUACUCAAUGAAGUGUAAAAUUGUGUUUAUGAUAUUGAAUUCAA